GAGUAGAAGUGAUUAAAAUGUUGUUUACUACAAAAUAAAAAUUGUGUGCGGACCCUAUAUAAAUGGUAACUAACAAGUGCAGAGGUAUCAAUGUAUACAGUGUAGCAUUUUCAAACACAAAUAUUCAGCAGUCUCAAGAAUCAUGAAAUUUUACACAGUGAUAUUAGCUUUGUGCCUUGUCAUUAUCGUAAUGACCCAACAAGCUACUUCUAACCCAGCCCCUGAACCGCGCAAGGAUGGAGGCGGUGGAAGUCACCAUGGAGGUGGUUGCCAACAUGGAAAUUGUGGAAAUAAUUGCCAUCAUGGAAAUUGUGGAAAUAAUUGCCAUCAUGGAAAUUGUGGAAAUCAGUACCACAAACCACAUAACCACGGACAUCAUUAAAUUUAAAACAAUUUCAUUCUAAUAAAUACAGUACAAUAAAAGUAUUAAAAA